AUGUCAACAAACAAUGAUUCACCAAGAAGAGGGAAUAUAAAUAUUCAAUCCUCUUCCUCGUCCAACUUGACACACUCUAGUUCCACCUCGUCGCUAAAUGAAGGUGGCAGUCCAUCGAUGACAAGCAGCAAUGGAAGUGUGCCAAAGUCACCAACCUCUACUAGUGCACCUAAUCUCUCGACAUCAACCUCUUCAACAACUACUACAACCACUACAACUUCUUCUAAUGGAGGUGUAGGAGGAGGAGGAGGAGUACACACUGUAUUGAGUAAUUUAGGAUACACCAACAGUGGAAUUAGAAGAAAGAAUGUAGAGUACAUAUUAUUGGCAGAGUUUGAUAUCGAUAUCGGAUCUAAAGUCAAGUAUCAGUAUCCUUGUCCAACAGGUGAGGAUGAAAGUCUCUUGGCAGAGUUUAUGUUACCCGAUGGCGCUCACAAAAGAGAUGACGAUUGGACUGUAUUCUUCCUCAACAGACCAGAUCCAGAUGGUCAUUUAUCAAAGAACAAGAAAAAGGAAACUACUCCUAAACCAGAGAAACCUUUAUGCAAUUCAAUAGAAGCAUUUAUUUAUAAAUUUUCAGAAGAUGAAGAAUCAAAGGGUUGGGUAAUGUUGGAUCCAGAUAAAUUAAACCUUCAAAUUUAUAGAAAUACGAUUAAUGUAAUGGGUAAAAAUGGUUCAUUGGUUACAAAGAUUGAAAAACAUAUAGAUUUGGAACAUACUCAAUUAGAACCAUUAUUUGAUUGUGUAUUGACAGACUCUGGAACAGCAUUGGGUGUUAGAUUCUUUGAACAGCAAGACGAAGAUAACUUUUUAAGUCAUAUCAAUAGAAUGGUCAAAGAGAUUACCGAAGAGAGAACCAUUAUCGAAUCCUCUAAAAAGGGUGGAGAUGGAGCUGAAAUCAACGAAGACACCAAAUGCAAGGAUUUCCUCUACUGUCUCAAUUUUAUGAACAAUCAAAAAGAUGAAUCUGUUCGUAGAGGUGCCGUCGUUAAAUCAUUGGCAAUUUGUACAACUCAUCCAUUUAUUCAUAUUUAUAAGCCAUUUAUGAUCCUUGGUAUUCAAAAAUACUUUAACUCACCCUCGAUUGAUGUAAUAAUAGAAUUGUAUCAUGCUUUAAAUAGCUUAGACAUGUCAACUGUACCAUUCCUCAAUGAUGUUCAAAAGCACAUCCUAAGAUCAUCUCCAGACAAGAAUAAGCAAAAUCAUUCAACUACCAUUACUUAUCUUGCCAACAAAAUGCCAGUUUAUAUACCAAUUACAAUGUUUCCUGAUGAAGUUGGUGAUUAUAAAGUAAUAACAUUGGUACAAAAAUUUGGAAAUGAUGUAAUGAAAAUAUUCAAUGGUAUAUUAUCACAGAAAAGAAUAUUAUUUUUGGGACAUAAUUGUAGUGCUGGUGAAGUGUCUAAUUAUGUAUUGGCAGCGUGUUGUAUGGUGUGUCCACCAUUAAAGGGUAUUCGCGAGCGUUGCUUCCCUUACACCAAUUUGGUGUAUCUCGACUUUUUGACGGUGCCUGGCUACAUUACUGGUGUCACCAAUCCAAUGUUUGAGGAACAUACAAAGUGGUGGGAUAUUUUGUGUAAUAUUGGUACUGGCAAGGUCACGAUGAACCCUGCACUAGUCACAGAGAUUCCCGACAAGUUUGCACAGUACGACACUGAUUUUAUGGCCGAAGUCAACCACAGCAUCACACAACACUACGGCGAGGAUAAGAUCAAGUCGCUGUUCCAAGAGUACACACAACACAUUGUAGAUAUGGCACUCGACGAGGAAGAGUUCCCAGAUGACCAAGCACGUCAGUUGGCACUAGAGGCCAACCGUCCACGUAUCGAUCUCUGGACCAAGACCAAGACCUACACUACCUAUCUGUUUGAUCGUGAGACUGCCAAGCGAAACAGCGCAAUCCGCGAUCACAGCAUAGCUCGUUCCAUUCGAAAACUAAGAAAACGCAAAAACCUUCAAGAAAAGGAGGUGCUCCGUAUCUAUGAAUCAUUCCUUGACGCCAUCAAAACCGAGCAACAAGUCACCGAAUUCCUCUCUCACCUUCCAAAGUCCCAUGGCGGUCUUUUCCCAGUGGCCAUUGGUCUCUUCCACACCUCAAAAGAUAUUCGAGCCGCUACAUGCGAACUCUUCCGAAGAUUAGAUAGUAUCCAAACUGGUAGUGGUUUCAUUGCUGGUGUAAACCCAAUGUUUAAAUUAAAUUAUGAUAGAAUCUUAAAGGAUUUAAAAUUAUCUCCUACUCCAACAAAUAAUAAUAAUCAAAAUAAUAAUAAUAAUAAUAAUAACAAUAAUAACAAUUCUCCUGUUACAAGUACUACAAGCACAACUUCAAAUAACAAUAAUAAUAAUGCACAAUAA